AUGCUGCAGAUCCGACUGAGCAAGGGGGGGUCGGCGGCGGAUGGGGGGGGAUCGACGGCGAAGUCGUCGCUGCCGGUGGAGACGGUGACAGUGGCCUGCCCGGAUCAUCUGGUGCUCGCCGACCUUCCGGUGGCCAAGAGCCUCGGCGCUAUAACUGCCUCGUCCGGUUCUUCCGUCGUGAAGUCCGUCGGCCGGCGUUCUCGUCGACAUCUCGGCGAGAGGGUUCACUUCUGCGUCUGCUGCGACCACCCCAUCGCCAUUUACGGCCGUCUGGUGAGAGGGAUUGCAUUUUUAUUUUUAUUUUUGUACUCGUCCAAAAUUUUCUUACAAUUAUCCGCGAAAAUGCAUAUUUUAGUUGUCUCUACUCGCCUCUGCUCGGAAUUUUUCGAUCUUCAGUGCGCAACAGUGUCAUUAUCAGAUUUUGCUUCAACGUCGAAUGGUAUAAAAGCACGAAUCUUACGUGUACGAUAUACAUGUGGAAUUUAAUGGGAUGCCAUUUCGAUAAAAUGUGCUCAGCUACGCUAAUUAAACACUAACGCGCAUACCACUGGGUGGGUGAUUCUCGUGAAUACCGAAUUUUAACUCCCAUUAGUGUUUAGAAUUGCCGUUUUUAAAAAAACUCUUCUGAAUGCUGUGCGGUCGACAAACUUUGCAAUUAUGUGCAGUCAGUUGUUUUAAUUGACCAAACAUAAAAAAGUUUCUAGCAUUCAAUAAAAUAGGGUAUCUCUUCAUGUUAAGCUAACCUUUGAAACUAACCUUUUAUUUCACCUGUGUCAGUCUCAAUUAAUGGUGUUUUCUGCUUGAGAAAGAAUAUGAUGGCAAUCUCUCACGCUCUUCAAGAUCCUUAGAGGCAAUAAAUGUCUGUCACAUGAGGCUAACACAUUUAAAAUUAAGCUUAUUAUGAGUUAGGCUUGGGAUUGAGAAGUGAUGGAAAAGAUAAACACGACGAAGGGGCACUGAUGAACCUGAAUUCUGUCUGUGCGAACAGUAGGAGAGGAGAUAGACCUCUUUUUAUGACAACAUUUCGGAUUGUGGUCUGCCGUGAGUCUAGACUGUUAAUGACGACUGAUGGACUGGAAGGCAUAAUAUGUUUGUUAGCUUCCAGACGAGAGUCAAUUUGCCUUUAUAUUGACGGCCUAUAGGGAUAUCUGCUCUUAAAAGUGGAGAGGCAAGAAAUAAUUGUGGCUUCAUUUGGAUCCUAAGAAAGCUUAUAGUAGGGGAUCACUUGGGGAGGUGUUUGUUGGAAGAAUAUAAUUUCUUAUGAUAUUUUAAAUAAAACGCUCAACUGGAUAAUAAUUUGGUGCGUCAGUCUUUAUUUUAAUCAAACCGGAUUUUAAGAAAGCGUGUAUUUGGGUCAACUGGGGACGUAUUGGGGAAAUAUUAGUUAUAAUGACCUUUUAAAUAAAUGAAUGUUUGGACGGAUAAUUUGGGGUAUAUUGCGUAUUCGAUGUUCUGCCGAAUCAGAACUCAGUGAAUUCCUCAGGAGUUUCGGUGAGCUCAUACUCUUACUUAUGGAAUUUUACAUCACUUCUGAUUUUCCUCUUUAUAGGUCAAAACUUAAUGUCAUCUGGAAGAAGAUGAAACGACUGAGAAAUGCCUUAUUAAGAACUGUGGGAAACAAUAUUCCGCUUACACAUUUUCUAUGCCUUUUCAAUUGAACUAUGAUGUCAAAGUUUCAUAAUAUUUAAGGAAUAUUAUUGCUGCCAGAAAAUAUCACGGGCCUAAUGUAAAUUUUUCCAAGAUUGAAGUGUCUCGAGUUGGAGUUCAGAGGUCAAGCUGAACGAUUUUCUGGUGUACAAGGAUGUAAAUUGGUUGAAUUUACAAAUAAAUGUUUCCUCUUUCAUUUAGAAUCCCCAGAAAGAGCGUUGGAAUGUCAUUGUUGGUUAAUUGGUUCGAAGAUUUUCUGAGUAAGGUGCUAGAGUAAUCUGCAUUGAGUAAGUCGACUAUCUCUGAACCAUGUACAUCAAAACAGGUUGGAAUCGCUUUCGAUUUGGAGUGACUCUGAACCUCCUCACUGAAUGCAUACUUUUUUGAUGAGCAUUCGAAAUCAGGGAGUUACUUGAGAUGGAAAUAAAAGAUUUAAAUGGUCCGUAACGUGCGAAAUAUGAUUGAUUUUUUUUUGUAGAUUAAAUUGACAAGAUGAGCGUAUCAUCACUACUUGUGACACCAUUUAGCCAGUCUAGAUAAUGCUUUUGAAAACAAUGUGUGUGGGAAAUUUCUGAGAUAUUUAUCACCUUGUGCAGUGGUUACUAGAUGGAAGACGAUGAUGUGAUACAAUGAAGCAGGCAUUUUUUCAUCAGUCAUGCCCUUAGAUUGCUAGUAGGGAUAAAGAGGGGCAACUGCAUCGAAAUAUUAUUGAUUAUCAUAUAUUGCUACCAUAGCUGAUUACCCUAUUUUUUUAUUUAAAAUUUUGGUCUAAAUGAACGUUAGUGAGAGUCAUAAUUUAUUUGCCUUUUUUAUAUGCUUUCCCAACCCUCGUCACCAGACUGUGUCACAUGGCUCGUAGUCCUCUGUGGAAGAGUGUGCAUGAUUUAUAAUACUACUUAGAUUGACUAAUGUUGAGGCUCAUUUUGUUAUUUAAUGAAUAUGUUACGGACCCUCAUUCGUCAUGACAGAUACCCUGUGAACAUGCCUUUUGCUUCACGUGUGCAAGGAGCGAUUCCAGCUGUUAUCUGUAAGUCUUUAUUUGUUCAAUUCAGCAAAAAAAAUUCAAAUUUGCUUAAUACUAGUUUCUUCUUCAGAUUCUAACUUUUGAUACAUCUAGAAUAUAGACUGUUUUCAUCUGCACGGGUGUGUAAAACCUACAAAGUUUGUGGUCGGAGAUCUUGAGAUUGUAAAGGAUGAAAUACAUUUUGCGAGAAACAAGUCCCGUAUUCCAGAGAAAAAUGAUAUCCUGAUUACAAAUGUUGAAAUUAAUUCAAGACGAGACUUCCAAGGAUGUUUUGGGGUUGAAAUAAUCUAUCAAGUUUUUUGCCGUACUUGUAAGUGAACUGGUAUUAUAGGGUAACUCAAGUGCUUAAAAGCUCAUGUUGGGAUGAGGAUAUCUCAUUUCCCUCAGCUCGAGUCAUGGGGUUGUCUGAUCGUGUCUUUUAUAUGCCACUUCAGAAAAUGAUCGCUAGGUCCUCCAUAUCAGAAUUUCAUUGACUAGUGAUCCAUAUCGUCUUUUCUUGUACUAUUUAGGGGAGAAAGCGCGCUAUCAGUUGUUCAUUUCUCGUUUAUCUUUCUAGAAUUGAGCUCAGAUGUAAUUUUGAGCCAUUUUUUCAUAUAUAGAUCUUAGUUACUGAUAUAGGGCAUUGUAGCAUGGUUGGUGGAUAUUAUGUGCUCAGCCUAGCUCAUGGCUGAUAUGGUUGGUCUGGAUCUGUGUGCCCAGCUUGAACUGUCUUGUGCCAGGUGGGAUCACCAUGGGCAUAUAAGUGAUGAUCUUCUCACUAGUGUCAAGAUAAAUUCCAUGGUUCACGGUUUUGAUGGGUUCUCAAGUUGUUUUUACAGAUCUCUAUGAAGUAGUGAGGCUGUUUAUGUUGAUAACGAUUACAGGAAUUAAGUUAUCAGGAAGUAUUUUAGCUCUCAUUUUUAUUUUUGUGGCCUAAUCUAAUUAUCAAAUGAUCGUUCACUGUUUCAUGAGAGAUUUGAUCGGAUUGUCAUCGAAAAGGUGGAUAUCAACAGAUGAUGAACAUACUUCCCCAUUUCAAUCUAUUUCUCCACAAUCUCUCAUUUUAUUCUUCGUUUUUCAAUUCUCAAAUUCGGUAAUAGUUCAACACGACUCAAAUUCCUGUAAACCAUGCUAGAAGAUACUGGCUUCUGAUACAUUUUAUGCAUUGAAUCGGUGGAGAACAGCCCUUGCAAAUCAGUCUUUUUAUAGGAAUUAGAUGUGUUCUGGAUUGACCCGAAAGAAACCGAGGUGGAGGAUCUUCCAUGGACAGCAAGAUGGGGUCAACGGCCAUGCUCAAUUACUUCAUUUAGCUUCUGUGUUUGGAUUGAUUUAUGUUGGCCUCACAAAAUUUCAUGAUGCAGCUGCGAUGAACGCAUUCAGAAGAUCCAGACGAUCAAGAUGAUGGAGGGGAUCUUCAUAUGUGCUGCCCCCCACUGUCUGAAAUCCUUCCUCAAGAGAUCCGAGUUCGAAUCCCACAUCCAUGAAUCUCACGCCGACCUUCUUCAGCUCAAUCCGGAGAAGGAUGGCGGCAGCGAAGCCGACGGCAUCGGCAUCGGUAUCCCCAGGCCGCCUUCUGCAGAUCUGCUCUUCAGAGAAGCUUCGUCCCGCGGGGUUCCAAGGUCGGGAUUUUCUCCCAAUUCUGCCUCCCAGCCACUGGAACGGGACGACAAGGGCCGCCGGAAUCCCUCCAGAGAGCAGACGCCGCUGAAGCCGCCGCCGCCGUUGCAACCGAAGCAGCUCUCCUUCAAUCAACAGCACCAGUCGCCGGACUUUCAGGCCGACGGCAAUCCGGCGGCGCAUGGGCUCGAGAGGCCGUUCAAUUGGUUCCACCAUCCUCCGGGCUUCGACAACCAGAGCGGUCCUCUUCUCCGGCAAGACUCCGAUCAGAAUUCCGGCCUGCCGAGCUACCCAGUGCCGGUGAUCGUCAACCAGCCGCCGCUGUUCAGCUACCCGCCAUUUCCGGCGGAGGGAGCUCAUCGGUACAUCGGAGCCCCCUACGAGAUGCCUCGGCCGGAGAUGGCGGCGGAGGGAGGAGGGCAGGCUUCACUGCUAGGGUUCCCUCCGGCCGCGGCGGCGGCGGCGGCGAUGGCAGGCUUCCCGGAGAACUUCCGGGCUUGGAGCGCGGUGGAUUCACAGGGAAGAGUCUCCUUCUUCCCGGGAGAGUUUGGUCGGUUCCCCGACGGCGGCGGCACUGCGAUGAAUCCUCCGCCGUUGAAGGAGGCGGAGAUGCCGGCAUCCAUGCCGUCGUCAUCCUCCAUUCCCCCACCUCCUCAGUUCAAGUGGGCUAAGCUUUCCGGCGAUGGAGGUCAAGACGGACACGGUUAUGCUUGGCAGGGUGAGAAACGUCCCUUCGGCGGUGGUCCUGAGUAG